UCCCCGGAUAUAGGCCGGUUAGUCUGUCCUAGGAUAAACUGGCCUCUGUUUGGACAGAGUAUCCGAGUGGGGAGUGCGUGUUGUAGAUCAAACGUAGUAUGGAAAAGCUUUUUGGGAGUGCGCUGUAUCCUGCAGUUGCCACGUAUGGACCAUGCAAUGAACAAAACCUCAGUCCUAGAGAUGUGAAACUUUGGUGUAGGUGUGGACUAAGUAAGAAACAACCAUGGUGCGAUGGUUCUCACUCUGGAACAGGAUUUUUGCCCCUGAAGUGGGUGGUGCCAGAAAGACCGCAAACUGUAUAUCAGUUGUGUGCAUGCAAAUACACCAGCUGCGCUCCUUACUGUGAUGCGACACAUGUUAACUUGCCUGUUGAUGUUCUCAAAAGACAAAGACAAUGCCAAGGAAUGCAUAUAGAGACUGUGAAGUUGUGUACUGGUUGUGGUUGGGUUCCGGACUUUUGAUUAAUUGCAGAGUUGCAGAAGUACUCUGUAACAGUAUAUACAGUCUACAGUAAGAUGCAUUAAUAUAUAUUCAUCUUUCUAUCACACCA